AUGGUUUCCACAGCUACUUCGGAUUCUUCUACACACUCUAAAGUCGUCCUUGUCCAGACAGCGAGUCAUCAUGAUGAGUUUAAUCCGAUAUCACCAAUGCAUGAGCCUGAAAAGAAGAACCAAUAUUUGGUGCAUAAAGAAGCAUCGAAUGAUGUGCGGUGUGAACUUUGUCGGGUUUGUUGCAACUCCAAUGAUGUGCUCCUCGAACACAUUUCCGGAAAGAAACACCAAAAGAACUUGAGGAAAUCCAAACCACUCUUUGGACUUGGACAUUGCCCUGCCCCUACAGCAGCUAAUAGAGUAGUGUUGCGUCAUUCGACUGAUCAUGAAGAGAGCAAAGUUGUCAUCUUAGAGACUAGUAGUAAAAGAAAGCAGCUGGCUGAUGGCUCAUUAUUAGCAAGCGAUCAUGCGGAUGUCAAUUACACAAAGAGGCAGAAGAUGAUUGAAGGAGAGGGAGAGUCGGGUGUUUCGAUAGCUUGCAGAGUCAUUCCUGAUCUAGAUUGUGGUAACCAAAAGAUUCAAAGCAUAGUUACAGAGGAGGUAACCGUACCUUCUUGUGUGGACCAGCCUCCUAUCUCUACACUAUUGAGCACAACCCUGCUUCAGCCUUCUAAUGGUUUGGCCCAAAACAUUAACAACAAACACAAAAUCAAACAACCGACUUGGUGUGAGGCUUGCAAAGCCAAUUGUAGCAGUAACAAAUCCCUUGAACGACACAAUUCGGAGAAAGAACACCUCAAAAACAAUGAAGAUUUGGAAAAAAUCAUGUCCCCGCCCUCGGUCACCUCUAUCGUUUCAACUCAGUCAACACCAAUACAUAAGCCCGAGGAAGAUUUGAAGUCAGUCGAGAACAAAAUUGGAGAUUCAGAUGAGAGUACACUUAAAUGGUGUGAAGUUUGUAAGAUCAGUUGCACGCGUGAUGACCUCAACAUGCAUCUAUCAGGGAAGAAACAUUUAAAGAACCUUCGAAAGUCCGUUUUCAAGGCAAAUUCACCCUCUACCGUGAAUUCUGUGAAAAGUCUGAAGUUGCCAAAAGGCGUUGUUGUCGACCCAAAUGAAGGAAACGUUGUAUGGUGUGAACUAUGUCGGAUUUGUAGCAACUCCCAUGAAGCGCUCAACGCACACAUUUUAGGAAAGAAGCACAAAAGGAACUUGAUGAAAUCUGAACCACUUGUUGGACUUAGCCAUGCCCCUUCAUUAGCUACUAAACCGUUGCAUGAUCCAAUUAAUGAAGAGAGCAAAGUCGUCGUCUUGGAGAGCAGUAAACGAAAGGCCAACGGUUCAUCAGCAAAUGACGAGGAUGUACACACAAAGAGACAGAAGGUGAUUGAAGAAGAUGAAGAAGAAAAAGGAGACAUUCCUGAUCUAGAUUGUGGUAACCAAAAGAUUCAAAGCAUAGUUACAGAGGAGGUAACCGUACCUUCUUGUGUGGACCAGCCUCCUAUCUCUACACUAUUGAGCACAACCCUGCUUCAGCCUUCUAAUGGUUUGGCCCAAAACAUUAACAACAAACACAAAAUCAAACAACCGACUUGGUGUGAGGCUUGCAAAGCCAAUUGUAGCAGUAACAAAUCCCUUGAACGACACAAUUCGGAGAAAGAACACCUCAAAAACCUUGAAGAUUUGGAAAAAAUCAUGUCCCCGCCCUCGGUCACCUCUAUUGUUUCAACUCAGUCAACACGAAUACAUAAGCCCGAGGAAGAUUUGAAGUCAGUUGAGAACAAAAUUGGAGAUUCAGAUGAGAGUACACUUAAAUGGUGUGAAGUUUGUAAGAUCAGCUGCACGCGUGAUGACCUCAACAUGCAUCUAUCAGGGAAGAAACAUUUAAAGAACCUUCGAAAGUCCGUUUUCAAGGCAAAUUCACCCUCUACAGUGAAUUCUGUGGAAAGUCUGAAGUUGCCAAAAGGCGUUGUUGUCGACCCAAAUGAAGGAAACGCUAUAUGGUGUGAACUAUGUCGGAUUUGUAGAAACUCCCAUGAAGCGCUCAACGCACACAUUUCAGGAAAGAAGCACAAAAGGAACUUGAUGAAAUCUGAACCACUUGUUGGACUUAGCCAUGCCCCUUCAUUAGCUACUAAACCGUUGCAUGAUCCAAUUAAUGAAGAGAGCAAAGCCGUCAUCUUGGAGAGCAGUAAACGAAAGGCCAACGGUUCAUCAGCAAAUGACGAGGAUGUACACACAAAGAGACAGAAGGUGAUUGAAGAAGAUGAAGAAGAAAAAGGAGAGUACUCGGGUGUUACGAUAACUUGCAACGUGUGCAAGGUGGUUUGUAAUAGCAUCAUGGGCUUCAAAGUUCAUUGUUCGAGCCAUGAGCAUUCUGCAAUGGCUUUGAAACAGGCCAACCUUUGA